AUGAAAUAAUUAUAAUAAAUUAUUACUUUUUUCAUCAAAUCUAAUAUAUUAUUCAACAGAUAGAAAUAAAAUACCCAUACUAUUAUAGCUCAAACCAAUCAAUCAAUAAACGAUAAUUUCUUAUUUCUUUAUCUUUGCCAAAUAUUAAAUUAUUUUGAAUCAAAGAUAUUAUAUAAUCUAAUUAGUGAAUUUAAGUAUGGUAAACAUAAAUAUAUUAUUAUUUUAAGGUAUACGAAAUACAAGGAAGUUAGUUGUAAAGGAUAUUUCUUUAAGGAAGAUUGUCAGACUUACAAGAUUUUGUUGA